CAAAAACUGGGGUCAGGAGUUCUUUCUCACAGCCAUCUUGGAAUUAGCGUCCCGAGUUGGUGAGGAUCUCCGCUUGAAAUCCAAUAUCAUCUGGCAGUUUUUCCUACAUCGACAACAAUGCCUGGUGAAGCGACAGAAACUGUCCCGAUCACCGAGCAGGAGAUGCAGCAGCCUCAAGUGGAAACUGCUGCCUCCCCUGCCCCAGUCUCUACCCAGAAACCUCAAGCAGCUUCAGGACCUGCUAAGCCCAAAGGCAAAGAUGCUAAGAAUGUGCAGGGUUCUUCUGCCCCUAAACCUGUCCCAGGCCGAAGAAAACGCUCCUCUAUGUCUGCCUCUUCCUCAUCUCCCACCUCACCAAAAUCAGCUUCUUCUACCCCUCUAUCACAUGGGCAAUCUCCCUUGGCCUCCCCAGCUAGCAACUCCCCUGCUAAUCUAGGAAGCUCUCCUACACCAAAGGUUAUCAAGGCUGGAAAGCAAGGAAAAGCUAAGAAGGGAGAUGCAUUUGUCCCCAUGCAGGUUAACUACAAUGUCAAAAUGUCUGAAGACCCCAAACUAAUGGCAACUGGUGAAGCUAAAACUACUCAGAUUGAGGUUAAAGCUCAGUUACCUCCAGCUGCUUUUAAAGUUGCUUCAAAGCCAGCUGCAGCAGCCCCAAUUUCAUUUUCAGACACCAUUCUCUCAAGUUCUCCAAAACCGGGUGAACUUAAAAAAGCACCACUGGCUGUUUUUGCAGACGAUGAGCUUCCUCCACUGCUUCCACCAGAGAAACCAGUUAAAAUAGUUGUGGCUGAAAAAAUACCUCCAGCAUCUGAUCAUGAGAAGACCUCAGCUGAGGCCCCUGCCUCCAAAACAUCACCAAAAGGCAAGAAGGGUAAUGAGCCCAAAUCUGUACCGGCUGAAGCUUCUAGACCAGCUGGUAAUGAAGCUCCUAAAAAUAUUUCCAAUCCCAAGUCCACCCCUGUCACUGUUUCCCAGGACAAGCUAGCUGCUGUUGAAGCUGUUAAACCACCUGAAAAAGUCCCCAGCAUGCGUUCGAAGCAAGGUGAGGAGGUUAAAGUGUCAUCUUGUAAGGGGAUGAAGCCAGAUGAAAAUGUGAAGGCAGCCUCCAUUAAGACAGAGAAGGCGGUCCCCGUUAAAAUUGAGAAAGCGGCCCCCACUAAGGCUAAGAAGGUGACCCCGGUUAAGAGUCAGGAGACAGCCCCCACUAAAGCUGAGAAGGUGACCCCGGUUAAGAGUCAGGAGACAGCCCCCACUAAGGCUGAAAAGGUGACCCUGGUUAAGAGUCCGGAGACAGCCCCCACUAAGGCUGAGAAAGCGGCCCCUGUUAAGGGUGAGGAGGCGACCCCCACUAAGGCUGAGAAGGUGGUCCCAGUUAAGAGUCCGGAGACAGCCCCCACUAAGGCUGAGAAGGUGGUCCCAGUUAAGAGUCCGGAGACAGCCCCCACUAAGGCUGAGAAACCGGCCCCUGUUAAGGGCGAGGAGGCGACUCCCACUAAGGCUGAGAAGGUGGUCCCAGUUAAGAGUCAGGAGGCGGCUCCCACUAAGGCUGAGAAGGUGGUCCCAGUUGAUGGUGAGAAGGUCUCCACCAAGUCUGAGAAGGCAACCCCAUUUAAGAGUCAGGAGGCGGCUCCCAAUAAGGCUGAAAAGGUGGCCCCAGUUAAGGGUGAAAAGCCCCCCACUAAGUCUGAGGUGAUUACGGUUAAGAGUCAGGAGGCGGCCCCCACUAAGGUUGAGAAGGUGGUCCCAGUUGAUGGUGAGAAGGUCUCCACCAAGUCUGAGAAGGCAACCCCAUUUAAGAGUCAGGAGGCGGCUCCCACUAAGGCUGAAAAGGUGGCCCCAGUUAAGGGUGAAAAGCCCCCCACUAAGUCUGAGGUAAUUACGGUUAAGAGUCAGGAGGCGGCCCCCACUAAGGCUGAGAAUGUGGCCCCAGUUAAGGAUGAGAAGGUCCCUGCUAAGUCUAAGGCGACCCCUGCUAAGGCUGACAAGGCGACCCCUGUUAAGAGUCAGGGGAGAGCGUCCACUGUUAAGGCUCAGGAGGCGGCACCCACUAAGGCGGAAAAGGAAGCCCCUGCCAAGACUGAGAAGCCUACUCCCAUUGAAACUGCAAAGCCAGCCCCCACAAAGACUGAUAAUGCAGCUCCCCCUAAGACUGAGAAAACAGCCCCUGCUAAGACUGAGAAGGCAGUUGAAGAAGCAAAAACUUCACCCCAAAAGCCAGGUGAAGACAGCAAACCAACUUCUGUUGAGGGUGAUGAGCCAGGUGCAGCAAACAAAGCAGCUAAACUUACUGAGGCCAAGUUGAUUGAUGUAAAAGAGGCUCCAAAGGCUUCCAAGCCUGUUGAACCGUCAUCAGUUUCAAUAAAACCAGCUCCGAUGGAGCCUGCUCUUUUAGCCCCAGCUCCUCGAAAACUCACUUUUGCAGAGGCGGUUGCUAAACCUGCACCUGUGAAAACCGAAGCUGUGGUAAAUAACAUCCACCCUGAACCACUUUCCCCUACCAAACCCAUCCUUACACCAGCUAAAACUCCGGCCAACAUGGAGCCUGUGAUCAAGAUCGACAAUGGAUCCGGCACUGAGUCGGACAGCGAUGAUUCUGUCCCAGAGCUGGAAGAACAAGACUCAGCCCAGACACAAACGCAACAAGCCCAGCUUGCAGCAGCAGCUGAAAUUGACGAGGAACCAGUCAGCAAAGCCAAACAAAGCCGCAGUGAAAAGAAAGCACGAAAGGCAAUGUCAAAGCUUGGUCUUAGGCAAGUAACGGGGGUCACCAGGGUCACUAUUCGCAAGUCCAAAAACAUCCUGUUUGUCAUCACCAAACCAGACGUCUACAAGAGCCCAGCAUCAGACACAUACAUCGUCUUUGGAGAAGCUAAGAUAGAAGACCUUUCUCAGCAAGCCCAGCUGGCUGCCGCAGAGAAAUUCAAAGUUCAGGGAGAGGCUGUUUCAAACAUCCAGGAAAACACACAGACCCCUACAGUACAGGAGGAGAGCGAAGAAGAAGAGGUUGACGAGGCUGGCGUUGAAGUGAAGGACAUUGAACUCGUUAUGUCGCAAGCCAACGUGUCGCGGGCAAAGGCUGUACGCGCCCUGAAAAAUAACAACAAUGACAUCGUCAAUGCUAUCAUGGAGUUGACAAUGUAAGGGGACCCUGUCAACGAAGAGUGGAAGAGUGUUGCUGAUUUAAUCUCAUUUAUACAGUUUAUAUCCAAGAUGGAAAUAAAGUUGUGGCUUGGUGAAACUAAAA